UUCCUCUUAUUGGCUGUUUUGAAUAUACAUUCCGUGAGCCCAUUGGACUGUUUUAACCUGCUGCUGCACUCCAGUCAUUUCAAAAGAGUCCGGGAGCGUUCCAGCGGCAGUUUGUUCGUGUCUGUAAAAAACGAGGCACAAACAGGCAAUAAUGGAAGACUACCUGAAAAUAGAGAAAAUCGGAGAAGGUACAUAUGGGGUUGUGUAUAAAGGUAAGCACAAGGCAACGGGGCAAAUUGUGGCUAUGAAGAAGAUCCGUCUAGAGAGCGAGGAGGAGGGCGUUCCCAGCACAGCUGUAAGAGAGGUUUCUCUGCUCCAGGAGCUGAAACAUCCCAAUGUUGUACGACUCCUAGAUGUCCUAAUGCAAGAAUCUCGUCUCUACCUCAUCUUCGAGUUCCUGUCCAUGGACCUGAAGAAAUACUUGGACUCCAUCCCCUCGGGCCAGUACAUGGACUCUAUGUUGGUCAAGAGCUACCUUUACCAGAUAUUGGAGGGCAUCUACUUCUGUCACUGUCGCCGAGUGCUCCAUCGUGACCUGAAACCACAGAAUCUGCUGAUUGACAACAAGGGCGUUAUCAAACUGGCAGACUUUGGUUUGGCUAGAGCCUUUGGUGUUCCUGUCAGGGUCUACACCCAUGAGGUUGUCACUCUUUGGUACCGGGCCCCAGAGGUCCUGCUAGGGUCACCCCGAUAUUCCACCCCCGUUGAUGUUUGGAGCACUGGGACAAUCUUUGCUGAACUUGCUACUAAGAAGCCUCUGUUUCAUGGAGACUCUGAGAUAGACCAGCUCUUCAGGAUUUUCAGGACGCUGGGAACCCCAAACAAUGAUGUGUGGCCUGAUGUUGAGAGUCUGCCAGACUACAAAAACACUUUUCCCAAAUGGAAAGCUGGCAACCUGUCAUCCAUGGUGAAAAACCUGGAUAAGAAUGGCCUGGACCUCCUGGCGAAAAUGCUGACCUACAAUCCCCCCAAACGGAUCUCUGCCCGUGAGGCCAUGACGCACCCUUACUUUGACGACUUGGACAAAUCCACCCUGCCAGCUGCCAACAUCAACAAAAUCUAAAAUGCAUACUGACUUUGCAUUUUAACACAUACCAUUCAUACCAUUUGUGACUCUGUAAAUAUGUGUAUGUGUAUUUGUGUGUAUCUGUGUGAGGAAAAAGUGUCAAUCUUCAAUAAAACUGCACUUUUUUUUUUUCUUUUUUUCCUCCUCAGUUGUUUUGACCUAAUGUCUCGUUCUUUUCAACACCAUUAAACACGGCAGUAACACUA